UCAAUUGAGUAAUUUUUUAAUAACAAUCCCUUAGCCCUAUGUAUUAUUUCUAAAGAUUACAGUAGAUUAAAAUUUGCUAAGGCAGAAGUAUUAUUCAGAACGUAAGAUUGCGACGUCAAAGUUCAAAUUCAUCCUCGAUUUAUUGGAAACCAGCCAAAUAAAGAUUCUCUAAUAUCCAGUAGAUAACGCUACACUCGCCAAUCGAUAUUCCUCAUCUGAAUAGAGAAUACGACAUAGAGCAUACUUCAGGCUAACAAAAACGGAUGAAAGAAAUAACCUGGAAAUAUAAGAACAAUUGAAAUUUCCCAUGGAAAUCUAAGAAAAUUCUAAAGAAAAGCAUCACCCAACGGUUCUUUAUUAGCAUUCACAUACCGUUUUAAAUUAUUCCAGAAGACGACCUACUAAUAGUACCUAGAGAACAACGAAAUCCGAUCGAAAAUCCUACUGGAUUUUGGUGUCAUUUUAAUCCCGUAGUUUUCGAAGCAGAAAUAAGUUCAUCUCAAUCGUAAUAAAGACUAGAUUCUUAAAGCAUCUUCAAGGAGUUAAAUACAAACCAGAGGGUGACUCCUCGGGUUCCGAGUUAGUCCUAAGCAAGGAGUGGGGAUGGGGCACUACGUUGGGCGUAUGUAAGUACGUCGACGAGAGAUGCCGUCGUCUCGCGAUUCAAGUUUUUACUGGGUAGCCGUGAGGCAAGCAGGAUAUCCCAUCCGGAGGGUGAUCGGAACAAUUGCAAAAGGCUCAUCCUCGAGGAAUAAUACAGUGGCAGUGGGAAUUAUCGCGUCGUGCAAUAACAUUGUGAAUCCUAUGGUUUUCUCAGGCUCGGGCUAACCUAGCCGAUGCAGUGUACGGGCCAUGACAAAAGGUAGCAUCACUGAAGACGUGUGGAAGUACGGACGGAGCCGCACUCAUUGAUAUGACGCCAUUUUACUAACCUUUUCGGCGCGGAUCGCGACGAGCUGGUCGGCAGCGCUUCGGACCAGCUUCCUCGCGUCUGAUCGACCCGGCUACAUCCUACAUCUUUAACUAACAUCACACGCACCAGAAUCAAGAUCCACCUUGCUUAGCACUCGUCAGAAGGUGACACUGCAGUAGCAGUGAACGUUAUUAUGGAAGAUGGUGAUGGCGAGAGUACAGUUAUGGACACAUGGAUCUCUUCGGAUGAACAGCAACACAAGGAUAUGUCAAAUGACGACACGUUGAAUCAUAUCAACGAUUCUAACGUUUUCAGCGACGGUACAGAGGAGAAUAAGGAAGAACGAUUAAAUUCUGUGGGAAUUGAAGAAGCAACGAGCAGGAAUACCUGUUCGACGUCAAAAAUCGUUUUCAAGGGAUACAAAAAGAGGAUACUUGCACAGACUCAAGAGAAUCAGACGAGUCCUACGAAGAUCUGUCUUGAGGGUCAAUUGCCUCACUCGAAUACAACUGUGAAAAACAACAAGGAGAAAAAGCCAGAAGCAAAACGUGGAAAAAUUACGGAAUACGCUCAGUAUCUGGGUCUACAACCGGCCCCUAAGUAUAAAUGUUUAAAGUGCCAUUCUUCGGCCAGUUUCUGCUCCAUGUCAAUGCUCAAGCAACAUCAACGUAUUUGCUCACCUACAAUGGCUCCAAUGCAAGGUGUCCUGGGCUCCUCCGAGUCCUCUUCACGAGCGCUGUCCUCAAACUUUCGCAUCACGCGAAAGGUCUACCUGUGCUCCGCUUGCGGAACAUAUUUCGAGAACUGGAAUUUGUUUUUGCACAUGAGAGACGUUCACAAGCGUCACAUAUGCCUGUUUUGUCUCGGUAUGUUUGGGCAGGCUGAACGACUCUCCUAUCACUUGUCCAGUAAGCACAGCGUUCCGGAAAUGACAUUCACAUCCGUUGAGGACUUUUACAACGCUUUCAAAGGCUCGUGUUACUUGAUCUGCUGUAACUGCGAGAAGGUGUUCUCUGAGACUGACAAUUUCUAUAAUCAUUUUUGUCCCACGCCGCAGAAACAACAGCAGCAACAAUCCUCCGCUUCGGUGUGCUCAUUAUGCAGGCAGACUGGUUCGCACUUAGCCACAUGCAGUUUAGCAACGGAAAAGAACAAAAUAGUAAACACAUCCUUGCAGUCACCAAGUAGUCCACACUCUAGUGCAUCAGCCACAAUGGCAUCCUCGCAGCUCACGACACCCAGCAGUAAAGGAAUAUCCAAAAAAAUGAUGAAAAAUAACAGAAUAAAAUCUAGCGAUGAUUCUGUACCUGGAUCGUGUCAUCGGAAAACACCGGAAUCCUACACGAAGAUGGCAAAUGCGAAAGCACAUAGUACGCCCAAGUCCAUUUCUGAUGAUGCUGUGGCUACUACGGCGAAUUCUGUGACGAGUCCGGAUAGUGGAGAGGACCUGGAUGAUUCGCUGAGAGAUACCGUAGCGGAAACCAUCAUGGAAGUGUCUAAAUAUGUGGGUGAUUCGGCGGACGGUAUUGAAACCGACGACAAGGACGAUAGUAUGUCGAUUGAAGAAUCGCCAGAAGUUGAUUCCCCAGUGCGGUUGGUUAGCAGUGCGUCUACCGAUAGUGUUACACAGACUAUUAUGGAAGUGUCGCUUUACGUUAAUAAUAUCGAGGGUGUUAAAUGUAAAGAGAAUGAAGUAGCUCUGGUGAACGAUUCCAAGAAUGGAAACGACGUACCUGUAGACAGUAUAGAAGAUAAGGUUGCGAAUAUAUCGAAACCCGAAGAUGAGGAAGCUGACGUUAGAUUAAACUCCCCGAGUCCUAAAGCAGAAGCUGAAGAAGAAAAAAGAGAUGAGGAUCUGUCAAUGCCUAACGAAAGUAGAACAGAUUCUGAUUCUCAGGCAUCAAAUAGUCCUGUCAGAAGUCCUGCAGGACGAUCUCUUUUUAGUCCUCACCAUGAGCAUCAGGUUACCGAUAAUCAGGAAAAAGAACAGUCUACUGAAGUGACUAGCAUAGAAGAAAAUACAGACGCUAAGGAACCUGAAAAUGCAACUAAACCAGAAAGUUCUGUGUCUUUCAAUACCGUAACUACAUCUGACAGGAGUCUGGUUAUCAAAAUUUGUACCAACAGGAGUUCACAGUUUUCAGUCAGUACUACAGAAUCAAAUGUGAACAACAGCGAGAGCCACGACACAAGCAGGGAAUCUGAAGAGAAUAACAAUGGCGAGGGAUCUGCAUCCGAAGAGAAGACUUCUAACUUGUCAGAGAAAGAACAUGACAGUCAUAGCAGUUACCAAGUGAAUGACGGUGAUAGUGAUAGUGAUACCGAUAGUGAGACACUGGCUGUUGUGGACAGUAAUGUAAAAAAAUAUAAAAAUUCUGUCGAUGCAGAAGAUAAUAUAGAGGACAAGUCCGAAGCCAUCACAGAAGUUGGUAUCGAAACAGGAGAAGAUACUGAUAUUCAGAAAGUCGAAGGAGAUUCACAUCAAAAUGAAAAAGAUACAAAUUCCAUUAUUUUUAAUAAAACCAACACUGCUGUUCCUGAAGAGAAGCAAGCAGAGCCAGACGGCAUUGUCUUAGCUGGUGAAGAUGUACCCAGUAUAGACCUUAACGUAGAAGGACUACUAGAUAGUAUAGAAAUAGAAGAACUCUUAAAGGCUUGUAUAAGCGCAGCUAGUCCAACCUGCGUCUACUGCAAUCACGCGAGACAGAUAGCUGUAAAUGGUAAAAGACUAGGACUGCACAUGCUGGCGGAACAUAGAUUUCAGCCUCAGCAUCCAGCCAUAAUAAUACACCGUGAACAAUUUAUAAGCCGAGUGAAAAAGUCACUUCCUGAACUAGAAACUAAUUACUUCAACCUGGAUUCAUAUACCAGUUCAAGCGGUACCUACAAUGUUCCUCAGACAAGGAUCUACGAGUGUUUUCAUUGUAGGUUCCACUCAGCCGUGCACAAGGAGCUCUAUCUGCAUAACAGAAAAAUGCAUCAAAAAACAAUAUUGAUAUGCAUAAUGUGCAAGUCGACUUUUUACAGCUAUAGUGAGCUGCUGUGUCAUCUGUGUCCUGGUGUCUACUGCCCAAAUAUCAAUAUCAGAUACCGAUGCUGUCUCUGUCCCGUAGGCAGUCUUCCCUCAGCCUUCAGACUCAUGGUGCAUCUACGAAAACGUCAUCACGUAUGCGACGUCUGUCUAGAAUCAACUGGUAACCAGCAGCGACUAUCCAAUCACGUCUGGAAGCACAAACUGCAUCAUCUGUGCUACCGAUGCGGUAUAGCUUACAGAAAUAAGCCAGACAUAACAAAGCAUCUCUUCUGGAAACACGGCACCGAGAGUGUCCUCUGUAAAAAGUGCCUCCAGAAGAAGUGGCCCCACGUAUAUCAUUUCUGCAUUCCGCCAACGGCCUUCGUAUGCGAGGAGUGCAGUUCAAUAUUUUCUCGUGCAGUUGCACUGAAGGUGCACAAGAGGUUGCACUCCGGGGAUCUGCCGUACAGCUGUACGGAUUGUGCGGAACGGUUCAUCUCGAAGAAGCUUCUGCGCAAGCACGAGAACGAGCACAAGGAACCUCUACCUGAAGACGUGAACGUAACCGACGCCACGAGUCAUCCAGCUUCCUCGGAGGAACAAAAGCAAGACAGUGAGAAAGUGUUACCUAGUGUAAACGCAGCUGAACCCAUGAACGGUAUUAUGGAAGCGAAAGAGAAUGUGAAGAAAGUGGUGGAUAUCUAUGAUUUGCCUCCGUUGAAUUUAUCUUCUGAGAGUGACUCGGACUCGGAUGAGGAGAAAGUCGAAGGAGGUAAGGAUCGUGAUGGUGUCUCCAAGGAUAACAAGUCUGAAUUGCUGGCCAAGGAGACACCUCAAGCCCCAAUCGUGGAAUCUGUUUCGACGGUAGAGCCUAACGACAGCAUCGUCGAGGUGGAAAGGAACGAAGAGGAAAAGCAACAAGAGGCACAAAUAAUGGAUGGCAUAUGGGAUAACUUCAAGUCGUACGCAGCUAGUCUAGAACAACAGGAGUCAGUUGGUAAAUUGGUCAAAGAACCACAGGAAGAUAUAGAGUUCUUGAGAAAAGUAGUCUUGGCGGAACACGAUUACUGCCUCUCGGAACAGGAAAAACUGGAAAAGCAAUUGGCUCUUGGUGAGGAAGCUUUGUCCAAAGAUGAGAGCACCGCCCUGGGUGCGGAACACGAUUACACCAGUAAAGCACCGAAAAGUCCCACAGCUGUACAGAAUGAGUCCUGUGAAAAUGAAACUAGUAAGAAGAAAGUGAAGACCCCAAGAAAGAAAAAACAAAACGGUAGUACAUCCUCCAGCGACUCCUCCAGUGACAGUGACUCCAGUAGUUGUUCCUGUGGCACCAACUGUAGCUGUAGUAGCUCUUCCUCGGGCUGUUCCUCUAGUUCUAGUAGUAGUUCCGAUUCAGAUAGUUCAGCGUCCGAUGGUUCGCCUAAGAAGCAAUCGAAUCGCAAGGAAAGAAGAAAAGAGAAGGAAACAGCUAGAAAGAAUAAGUCUGAUUCUGUUGAACCGGAAGUUAAGGAACCAUCUGUACAAGUGGAGAACGGUAACGCUUCAGUCGAAGAUAAUAACACAAUGUCUCCACCAAAGAUACAGUUAAGAGAAUCCGAUCUGGAAACCGAUGAAACGGAGACGGACGAAGACUUCUAUGACGAGCAUCCGCAACAGUUAGCCAACAAAUUGUUAGCUGAGAAACGUAACCAACUGAUGUUGCUCGCAGCUGUUGCACCAGCUUCAACGGAAUCAUCCUUAUCCGCACCAAUGAACAAUGGCAUCGGGGAUAACGAACCUACCACUCACUCACCAGAACCAAUGACUACGACAGCAGAGGAGGUACCGCAGCCCAAGAAGAAAGUGAAGACCAAGAAACGAAAAAAGAGUGAAAAGGGAAAGCAGAGGAACCUCACGCCGACGGUAGAAUCAAUUAAGCUGAACAUUCCUAAAUCUUUUUAUCAAAGUAAGACAGGAUUUGCCUCAUCAUCUCCAGCCAUGAUAACAGUGGUAAGAAGCAGAUCAUCAACACCAAACGUAACCAACUCCCCAAACGAAAUGAAUCCAACAACCUUCGGCACGGAAUCUCAACCAGUCAAAAUCAAUCAAAAUUUCGGCAGUGGUUCGGAAACAGAGAACAAACGUUCAUCGAAGAGAAAGCGAAUCCCAAAGAGGUUCUACGGUGACUCCAGCGACGAGGAAGGUGAGAAGCAGCAACCACCACUAAAAUGGAGAAAAGUCAUGCCAGCUUCGACAUUCGUACCAACUCCAGUUGUGAAGUCUUUACCACCACCACCACCGCCACCACCACCAGUUCCAGUACCAGCACCGAUCAGUCCAUCACCUUCGAUACCAGUUGCAGCCUCGGCCAGCGAGUCCGAGGAACCGGCUGAAAGUAGCAGCGACUCCAGUGACUCCGAGGAACCGGAUGUGUCUGAAUCUCCAGCCGCGCCACCCGCGCAUCUACCUGGAACUACAAACGCACCUGCUCCUGAACGAUCGGAUAAUCUGUACUGCUACUGCCAGUGUCCUUACGACGAGGUGUCGGAAAUGAUCGCGUGCGACGGCGAAGACUGUCGAAUCGAGUGGUUUCAUUUCGAAUGCGUUGGAAUAAUGGUGCCGCCAAAGGGCAAGUGGUACUGCCCGGACUGUCGUAAGAAACAUGGCAUCCUCCAGAACGAAGAUUACUUUGACUGAUAGUAGCCAGAGAGAAGUUACACAUUCAUCCUAAAACUACUUAAACAUUUUAUUACCAAGCUCACUCGAGAUGCUUCUAGGUUUAUAUCCUAGUGUUUCCCUACUUCCCAUCUUGGUAAAUGAUAUAUACUGUUCCAUGUUGAUAUUUUUCUUAAGCCAAACUACUGUUUGUACAUAAUUGUAAAUACGAAACUUAGAGUUUAUAACAAUGAAAAUAAGGUUUUUGUGUAAAUUUGUUUGUACUUCUUUUAACGACGUCAAUGUAAAGUACACAGUAUAGGUAGGUCGUAGUAGAAUUAAUCUUAAGAGUAAGUUUACGCAUAUACAUAUGUUAUGCAGAGGGAGAUUUGGACUCGAUUAGGAGGACCUAUGAACGAGGGCACUUUAUUAUUAUUAUUGACUUUCGAAGUUUCAUUAAUUUCUCUUUCUUCGAUUCUUUCUCGACCUAACGGUUACGUCUGGAUAUGCUCGCACUGCUGGCAGUGUAUGCGUAUCUGCGUUUCGAAUUACUUGUCAUGAAAACAUUUUACUUUUCUUAUUCGUUUAUUCUAUUGUUGGAGGCCAAUCGCAUCCUGCGCACAUAGUCAACGAGACAGGAGGAAAGUCAUGCUGUAGACAUUAUUACUGAAUUAUAAGCUUUGCGUCUCAGUUGAAUUGAUAAGUGAAAAAUAGGAAACAUCUGCACGACACAAAAACACUCUUAAUUUGAGUCUUAAAUGUUAAAAAUAAAUUUUACCUUAGCUACAGGAGGACAGUUUUGAUUUUUUUUUUAAUAUCAAUUAAUUUAAUAGUUACUUUUAAUUGUGGUAUGCGGCACAAAGAGUAGUAAGACCAAGAAACUUGAGUGAUAUUUCAGAAGGAAAAAAAGAUUAUAGGUUGAGGAUGCGUUUGAUAGUUUGAAAGAAUUUUUUUUUACUUUGAAAUAAUAGAGCUGAAUCGUGACUUGGUUCACCAUCUUUCUUUUUACUUCUAGCAUUGAAUAAAGCGCAAAGGUCACAAUUAUCAAUUAUAAUUUUAGGCAAGUUUAUACGUAAAGUCUGUAUUAAGAAUAGGGAGUGAUUGUCGUGCAAAAUGCGUUUUACUUCCUCAAUGAAAUUAUAGUUCCUUUUUUUUCUCCUCAAUUGGUCAUGGAAACAGGAAAUUCGCGUAUGAGCCUUAUUAUAGUUGAGGGCCAAAAAUGUAUUUAUAUUUGAUUUUAAUCCAUUCUACAAUCUGUUUCAUAUUGCGUUGUUUACGUUAAGUUUGUGCCAAAAAAAGAAUCGCUAAAUAUAUAAUAGUCGUUUACUUUGUUACUUUAAAUUACAGCUUAGGAAACAAGGGCAUUGCCUGUAAAACGCGAAUUCCGGUUGUCAUUGUUGAUCGGCCAACUACAGCCUUUGAUUUCCUAAUAGUCCAAGGACGUUGCAAAGCGUUGCCAUAAUGUAGAUUAUGAUGACGCAAUGAUUUUAGCAUAAAUGAAAGUUUCAGAAUUGUAAGAUUGGGAGUUAGCAUACCGGUGGAAGAUAUAUGUCCUUUGGAAUACGAGGGACAGUGAGGAAAAAAAGUAAAAUGCAAAACGCGUAUGAGGAAACACCAAAAAAUCAAAUUUAAAGCUCGAAAUUGAACUUCGAACUUAUUGCGCUAUUCGCUGUUUCUCUAUUGUUCGAUUCGCCAAGCUAAUGUCCAUCCCUCAGCAAAGACAAUGUAACGAUAACCGGUAAUAAAGUUAGUUGACCUCGUUACAAAUAUCAUGAAAAGUCUUUGUAUUUUUGCCAAGACACCCAAAACCCUUUCACGACAUUGCGAUGGUGGUGCCAGUUGUUGCUAUAAAACGAGUAAUUUCCAAGACUGUCAGAUUAUCUUGUAUAGUCGAGGGAAAAAGGAAUAGAACGAUGGUAGCUUCAAUUUCCCAGGAUAUUAUCCAUUGCUCUUGAUUCAAGGGGCAAUUCAAUCCCCAUGAUAUUCGUAACAAAGUUUUUGUAAGAGACAUCCUGUAUGAUGAAGUGAUAAUAUAUUAUUCUGAGUAA